CCUCCGCCCCUUCCGCCGCGGCUGCUCGACGUCGCCGGAUAUUCCACUUCCUCGCUCCCGUCGUCGGCGUUCGGUGAUCGAUUUGAGGGUUUUCGGUUGACCCUAGUAUGGUAUGCUUCGAUCUCUAUGUUAUUUUUUAUUUUUUUUGGCUUUUGGAACUUCGAUCUCGUUGUUCUUCGUCGUCUCUUUUACUGCUGAUCAGAUCUGGUGUCGAGUGUUUUAGUUUCAUCUUUGUGGUGGUUCGAUGGCUGUUUAGAGGAAGGUCUAGCUUGUAGGGUUGGAAUCUGCGAGAGGAGAUCCAAUGGGAAGUUGAUAGGCUUGGCGAUGGAGAACCUAAAACUAUUGGUGAACCCUGAAAUCAACAAGAGGGUUCUGAUCAUAUCGCCUGGAGUUCAUUAUCAUUUUUGUGCCCUUCUUUCUAUCCUUUACCUUUUCCUUGAACGUCGUCUUCUCUCGUUACUGUUUUUUUGCUGUCGGAUGCCGACGAGUUGCAGAUGGUUAUUAGGUGAGGCUACGGCAGCAGCGACUUGAUACACCACUGUGUCUGGUUUUCCGGUGGACUCAUCAGCUAGCGCCGCCAUUUUUUCAAGACAUAUAGCAAUAGUUGAAUUGUGAACAUAUAGCUUGCUUUGAUUGUGUCUGGCUAAUUUGUCCGUAUAUAGAAAUUGGAUACGGGUACUCCAUGUACUCGGAUCAAUCUUUUGUAGAUAUGAUGCGUACUGAAAUUUGGUGAAUGAUUGAGUUUUCGGUUCAUUUUUGUAGUCAACAGGUUACCACUUCCUGGUCUUUAGUAAGAAUUCAGCUCUAAGUGGGAGAUCACAAAUUUAGUCUUGGAAAUCUUGACGUAGAUGUUUUGUAAGAAUAAUUUACCUUUAUCCUGCUUCUACUUCUACCUUCUCUGGCUAUUCUUCCUGGUAUUCAAGUAUCAAUCUUGAGUUAUUUACAUUCAAGAAGAGGUUAAAUCCUGUUGAGGAAGGUUGCCCUUUCUUAUUUUCAUCAGCAUCAGUUGAGUAGCAAUGGUGUUGGACCUUAACUUGGCUUCUUCUAGUGAAUCAACAGCCUUUCAAAAUAAGACUGACCCCAAGGGUUCUGUGGAGGUGGAAAUGGAUGAUUCUGGGACAACUAAUUCAUCCGUCCUUAAUGCUGAGGUUUCUGCUGAUGUAGCUGAAGAGGACUCUUGCUCAACACGACCUGCAGCUACCUUCAGGUUUGGUAUCUUGAAGAGCUCUUCGUCAGUAGCAAACAAAAUUGAAGUUGAAGAGGAGUGUGAAGAGGAUGGAAGUGAAGCCCAACAACCACUUGAAUUGAUCACCAAGCAACUCUUUCCUUCAGUGCCUGUGAUUCUGGGUGUUUGUCAAGUUCCAGUAACAACUUUGUCUUCAUCAUCGUGUAAGUUGCCUUUGAUGGAUCUUACCUUUAGCCAAGAUGAUUCAUCAUCAGGAUCACAACCACCAUAUAACCAGCACCUGCUGCAUCAACCACAACAACAGCCAAAGAAGAGUCGCAGAGGGCCAAGAUCUAAGAGUUCUCAGUACCGUGGAGUUACGUUCUAUCGCAGGACUGGGAGAUGGGAGUCUCAUAUCUGGGACUGUGGGAAGCAAGUGUACUUGGGAGGUUUUGACACUGCUCAUGCUGCUGCAAGGGCAUAUGACCGAGCUGCAAUUAAGUUUCGGGGAGCUGAUGCUGAUAUCAAUUUCAAUCUGAGCGACUAUGAAGAUCUCAGCCAGAUGAAAAAUAUGCCAAAGGAAGAAUUUAUCCAUAUUCUUCGUCGCCAGAGUACAGGAUUCUCUAGAGGAAGUUCAAAAUACAGGGGUGUGACCCUUCACAAGUGUGGUCGUUGGGAAGCUCGCAUGGGACAGUUCCUCGGAAAGAAGUACAUAUAUCUUGGGCUAUUUGAAAGUGAAAUAGAAGCUGCAAGGGCUUACGACAAGGCAGCCAUAAAAUAUAAUGGAAGAGAGGCAGCUACCAAUUUUGAUCCAAGUACCUAUGAAGGGGAAAUAGUUCCUGAGGGUGAUACUGAGGGACUUGACAUCGAUCUAAAUUUGAGGAUUUCUCAACCAUCUAUUCCCAUUCCCAGUGGCAACCAAUAUUCACUUGGUAGCCAGUUGGAAGGUUUCCACAUUGACAAGGCGAGAGAGAAUGACAAGAAGCCUGCGGUUCGUUUCCAAACUCUCCCAAUGUGGAGUCAGCCAACAACUACGCCUUCUCCAUUUCCAAUGUUCCCUUCUGCAGCAUCAUCAGGAUUCCCUACCAACAAGGUGACAGUUGCUCUUGCUCUGCCACAAACACAAGCUUCGGCAACUCACCAUCUCCUUUCCUCUCAUGGUUCCGCACCAAAUUACUAUUUUGGAAACUCGACUUAUUAGAGUCAAACAUGGAGCAGAUUUGUUCAUCUGACCCAAGAAAUGCUCACCCACAUCAGUACCAGCAGAGUGAGACAUCCCAAUUAUUUGCCAAAAAAUAUUACUUGGUGGCAUUCGAUAAGCUGAAACCACCGUUACAUGUACUAUAUUUUAUACAUCUCUCACAAUAAGAUUUCAGAGCCUUAAAUCUUGAUUGGCCAUUGCAUUUGGUCAGAUACAAUUUCAAGUGUGAUUUGUCAACUCUUUUCAUUUAAUUCUACUUCAAAUUGUAA